AUGAGACUGGCCUUGAUCGUGUCUGUGGUUAUUCAGACGCUGUUGAUGGCUCAGGGGGCUUAUGGGCUUAUGAACUACCCAAGUCUGUCGUCUAACAGAGUCACUGCGAUCAGAAGUCAAAGAGACGUUGCAGCAAAUGUUUCAAUAGAUCAGAUCACAACUGCCGGUAUACGACUUUCCAAAACAUUGUUUGAUAGAGAAGGCUAUACAAAUGAUACCUUGAAGAAUGUGUGGACAUUGUUGAAUGGUGGAAUUCAAAACUUGGUUAUUGAUAUCUAUUGGAAUGAAAACACUGGUGAAUUUCAAUUAUGUCCCAUUGAUAUGAGUGGUAGACUAUCAACAAGAGCUGAAAGUACUGGUGUUAUCUAUUAUGAUGCAGAUGAUGAUGAUUAUAAAUGUGAUAAUGUACUAACUUUGCAAGGGUUAAUUGAUGUUGUUUUCAGAUUUACAAGUGAAACUGAUACAAAUUUAUCUGCAAAUUUAAUUUUAUUAAUGUUCAAUACCCAUGGUCUAUUAAAGAAAAGUUCAUCAAAUAGUCAAAAUAACGAUAAUAUAACAUACUCAAAUAACAACACUUUAUCACAGAUAUUACAAAGCACAUUCAGUUACAAAUUAUAUACACCAUCAGCAUUAACUGCUGAUCGUUUUGUGAAUAGAACAUACAAUUCAGAAGAACAAUCAAACGAUGGAUUCCCCACGGUCUCACAUUUUUUAUUUACAGAUAAAAGACGUGUUGUAUCUACAAUUUGGCAAGAUAAUUUACCAAGUAAUACAACAUAUAAUCUAACAUCUGAUUAUAAUAUUGUAUUCCCUCAAUCAGAUUUGAACAGUUCAUUUACUUCAUUAAAUAAUACAGUUGUACCAUCAACAGAGGAGGAAUUUAUAAAUACAGCAAAUGGAAAUUGGAGAUUUGCAUAUGAUGAUGAUAAUACAAAAUUUAAUAAUGGUUCAAUACGGCAUUUGAUCGACUGGGGUUAUUCACCGAUUUUAAACUCUGCAGUUUUGGAAAGUUCAGAUAUUGCAUCAAUUUUCAAUACAUCGUUAUGGUCAUGGGAUUCCGCUGAGCCUUUAGAGGAAAACAUCGCAAAAGAAAUUAAUAAAGAUUCAGAUAAUACUAGAAAUUCACAAACUGCUUACAAAUGUGCAGCUUUAUCCUCUACAGGUUGGAAAGUUGAAAAUUGUUAUGACAGUAAAUAUGUUGCAUGUCGUAAACAAUCAAGAGCUUUUGAAUGGGAAUUAUCUUUGGACAAACAAACUUAUUUUAAUGCUGAAGAUGUUUGUCCUGAUAAUACUAAUUUUAGUGUACCAAGAACUGCAUUACAACAAUACUCUUUAGUCAACUAUUUGAAAACUUUACCUGAAAAUCAUUCAAUUUGGAUUGAUAUGAAUUCUAUUUCUAUAAAUGAUUGUUGGGUUACAGGUGGUCCAAAUUCAAAUUGUCCAUAUCAAAAAGUUACAAAUGAAAGAAAUUUUGCUGAAAUGUUAACACCAGCUUCUGUCUUUUGUCUUGUUAUAUUUUUAGGAAUGAUACUACUAAGAUUGAAAAGAGUUCCAGUUCAAGAUAAUAGAAAACACUGGAAAAAACUUUUGCAACAAAAUAAAGAAAACGAAUACGAAGGUGUUCCAUCAUGA